AUGAGCGUUUCCGGUACCUUAACCCUAAGUCGGGUGUCUUCAUUUGAAGAGAAUCAAUAUAAAUCUCAAUAUAGUCGUGGUACCCACAGCAACCAAUAUCAACACAACAACAACAAUCUGGCAGGUUCCGCAACAUAUUUUCAUUUCCCAGGAACAGGAGGGGACAGCAGCCGGAGAUCACAUCAUGAAUACCAUUUAAGUUAUAGUAAAACAGAACCGAUGGAUCUAACCCUAGAUUACGAUGAAGGUGAUGAUGUGGACGAUGAUGAUAAGCCAUUGACCAGAUUUGAGUCCAGCGCAAUAUCGGCAGCGCCUGCCACCAGUCUUCUUAUGCCAAAAAGUAACAGCUACAAUGGCAUGACGACGUCAAUGACGUUGAAACCCAAGUCCACCAUCAUUAAGCAGGACAGUUUUAAUGGACGCAUUAAUACCAGUCUCACCGAUAGUGAUAGUGAAUAUGGCAGUGUUCGGAUCACGGCCAAUACAACGGCCUUAGAGGGCAGUGGCGGUGGCGGCGGCAUCAUGAUGGCCACACAUCACUCAUCCUCCUCGUUAUGUGCCAAUGAUGAGGCCUGUGAUGAACAUGAUUCCUUUUUGAUUACGGCAGAUAUUAAUGGUACCUCAGCAGCAACAGCAGCAUCCACCUCCAUCUCAACAACACCGCCACCACCGUUAAGUGCAAAAAAUCGCCGUUCCAAUUCCACACUUCGUUCGAAUAGUAAAACCACACGCUCCUCGAUAUGUUACCGGGCAAAUGCCUUUAUAUCCCGCAAUUGGUAUCUCAGCUAUUUGGUGCCGCUCUCAAUACUCCUGGCUCUUAUGUUUGUGGCCUAUCUGACGCGUGACUAUGCGAAGCGACUACUCUUCUGGAUCGAAACGCAGAAUCCAUGGAUCAUAUUUGCCGUUUUUAUGCUGCUCUUUGUUGUUGUUAGUUUUCCCAUUGUUGUUGGGUAUUUUGUGCUGAUGAUCACGGCCGGUUACUUAUUCGGUUUGAUACGGGGCUUCCUAACUGUGAUAUUGGGUGCAAAUAUGGGCAUUGCCAUUGCCCAUUUAACCUUAAGGAGUCUAAAGCAUCGAUUGCCGGUGCAAAAAUUAAUAAAAAAUGAGACUGGACGGGCGAUAUUGCGUGUCAUAUCUGGACCGAGAGCAUUUCGUGUGGUGCUAUUUACACGAUUAACGCCCAUACCGUUUGGCAUACAAAAUGCAAUAUUUGGUGUUAGCACCAUUAACCCCAAAGUUUAUCAUACCGCCACAUUUCUCGGUCUAUUGCCAGCUCAAUUAAUUAACGUUUAUUUGGGUUCAACCCUACGGUCAAUGCAUGAAGUCUUGAAUAAUCAUGGGACGGCAAUCACCGGUUACAUUAGUUUUGGUGUUGAGGUUGUCUGCGGCAUAGCCUUGAUGUUUUGGGUGGUGCAAAAAGCACGCAAAGAACUAUCGGAAACUCUGCUCACCGAUAUUGGUAACGAUGGCAAGCUAAUCGAUAUACAAGUGUAG